GGUUGCCAGGCAACGAAGGCAAGCCCCGGCCCACGUUAAGGAGGAGGGCGCAGACCGAAGGACACUGAAAGAGCUGUAACAACCCCACUUUCGAUUGGCUGAAGAGCUCUCAUUCUUCUCAUGAGCCAAUGAGAAGAGGCACGCGGAUGUCGUCAGACGCUAUGCGACUCCUCCCACCCACGCUCUGGCAACGCGUCUGGAUACCGCGGUGGCUUACGUCGGACCUGCAGGCCUUGACUGCCCCAUGCGCACCCCACAGCUGGCGCUCCUGCAAGUGUUCCUCCUGAUGUUCCCCGAUGGCGUCCGGCCCCAGCCCUCUUCCUCCCCAUCAGAGGCAGUGCCCACGUCUUUGGACCUGCAGCCAGGAACGGUUGGCGGAACCCUCCAGUCCUCUUCAGAGGCGACUGCAACUCGCCCAGCAAUGCCUGGGAUCUCUACAGUGGUCCCUACUCUCGUGACUCCCUCGGCGCCUGGGAAUAGGACUGUGGACCUCUUCCCAGUCUUACCGAUCUGUGUCUGUGACUUGACUCCUGGCGCCUGCGAUAUAAAUUGCUGCUGCGACAGGGACUGCUAUCUUCUCCAUCCGAGGACAGUCUUCUCCUUCUGCCUUCCUGGCAGUGUAAGGUCUUCAAGCUGGGUUUGUGUAGACAACUCUCUUAUCUUCAGGAGUAAUUCCCCAUUUCCUUCAAGAGUUUUCAUGGAUUCUAAUGGAAUCAGGCAGUUUUGUGUACAUGUGAACAACUCAAAAUUAAACUAUUUCCAGAAGCUUCAAAAGGUCAAUGCAACCAACUUCCAGGCCCUGGCUGCAGAGUUUGGAGGCGAAUCAUUCACUUCAACAUUCCAAACUCAAUCACCACCAUCUUUCUACAGGGCUGGGGACCCCAUUCUUACUUACUUCCCCAAGUGGUCUGUAAUAAGCUUGCUGAGACAACCUGCAGGAGGUGGAGCUGCGGGACUCUGUGCUGAAAGCAAUCCUGCAGGUUUCCUAGAGAGUAAAAGCACAACUUGCACUCGUUUUUUCAAGAACCUGGCUAGUAGCUGUACCUUGGAUUCAGCCCUCAAUGCUGCCUCUUACUAUAACUUCACAGUCUUAAAGGUUCCAAGAGGCGUGACUGAUCCACAGAAUAUGGAGUUCCAGGUUCCUGUAAUACUUACCUCACAGGCUAAUGCUCCUCUGUUGGCUGGAAACACUUGUCAGAAUGUAGUUUCCCAGGUCACCUAUGAGAUAGAGACCAAUGGGACUUUUGGAAUCCAGAAGGUUUCUGUCAGUUUGGGACAAACCAACCUGACUGUUGAGCCAGGCGCUUCCUUACAGCAACACUUCAUCCUUCAUUUCAGGGCUUUUCAACAGAGCACAGCUGCUUCUAUCACCAGUCCUAGAAGUGGGAAUCCUGGCUAUAUAGUUGGGAAGCCACUCUUGGCUCUGACUGGUGAUGUAAGUUAUUCAAUGACCCUCUUACGGAGCCAGGGUAAUGGAAGUUGCUCUGUUAACAGACAUGAGGUACAGUUUGGAGUGAAUGCAAUAUCUGGAUGCAAGCUCAGGUUGAAGAAGGCAGACUGCAGCCACUUGCAGCAGGAGAUUUAUCAGACUCUUCAUGGAAGGCCCAGACCGCAGCAUGUUGCCAUCUUUGGUAAUGCUGACCCAGCCCAGAAAGGAGGGUGGACCAGGAUCCUCAACAGGCACUGCAACAUUUCAGCUAUCAACUGUACUUCCUGCUGUCUCAUACCAGUUUCCCUGGAGAUCCAGGUAUUGUGGGCAUAUGUAGGUCUCCUGUCUAACCCGCAAGCUCAUGUAUCAGGAGUUCGAUUCCUAUACCAGUGCCAGUCCAUACGGGAUUCUCAACAAGUUACAGAAGUAUCUUUGACAACUAUUGUGAACUUUGUGGACAUUACCCAGAAGCCAGAGCCUCCAAGGGGCCAACCGAAAAUGGACUGGAAAUUGCCAUUUGACUUCUUCUUUCCCUUCAGAGUGGCAUUCAGCAGAGGAGUAUCCUCUCAAAAAUGCUCAGUCUCUCCCAUCCUUAUCCUGUGCCUCUUACUACUUGGAGUUCUCAAACUAGAGACUACAUGAAGAAAAGAAAAUAAUCAGAUUUCGGCCGGGCGCGGUGGCUCAAGCCUGUAAUCCCAGCACUUUGGGAGG